AUGACAACCGAAGUAGGCCCUUUAAGAGUUGCAAUCGUUGGGGCUGGCAUUGGGGGGCUUGCGGCUGCGGCUGCCCUACGAAAGGCGGGACAUAUCGUCGAUGUAUACGAGUCGUCUGAAAUCAAGACUGAAAUCGGCGCUGGGUUAGGGAUGCAAACAAACGCCGUCCGUGUGCUCAAGUCCCUCGGAUGCAAACGAGAGAACCUGAGAGGCGGUCUUUUCGAUGGGAUCACUAUUCACAACGCCGAAACAGCGGAGUCCACAAAAUUUCCAGCGCGAAACUGGGAGGCCCUUAAAAAGGAGGGCAUCGAGAACUUUUCGUGUCAUCGUAGUGACCUUCAUUCUGAGCUCCGUCGACUUGCUACGGAGGAAGGUGCUGCAAGCGGCCCCCCUGCGAGAUUACAUCUCGGGAAUAGAGUUGUCAGCUGUGAUCCAGAGGCUGGAAGUCUCACACUCUCCAACGGCGAGACUGUGGCCUCAGAUCUUGUUAUCGGGGCUGACGGUGUCCAUUCCAUCGUCCGAACAAGCGUCCUCGGUCACGAGGUUCAGGCUGUACCAACUGGGUGGGCAUGUUACCGCUGCCUAUUCGAUGGGUCGAAGAUCAAGGAGUACCCGGAAUUUGACUGGGUCAUCAAGAAUAUGAACAGUGUGCGACAAGAAAACGCUCAGCUUUCGGAGUAUAUCGUCUACGGCAUCCGUGACAACACCCUCAUCAACUUUGCUGCGUUCGAUACCGACCUAGAGCGAGACUCUAGUAAACCCAUAGCGCAACCCGUGUCGAAGGAGGCCGUUUUGGAAAGAUACCCAACCUUCCACCAGAACUUCCGCCACCUCUUUGACCUUCCUCUUACCACCCCGAUCAUCCGAUGGCAGCUGCGCGCUAUGCCCCUUCUUCCCACCUGGGUGAAUGGACGAACAGUCAUCAUAGGAGAUGCUGCACACGCUACGAUGCCAUUGCUCGCGCAAGGGGCCGCCAUGGCGAUCGAGGAAGCUGGUUGUCUCGGAGUGCUUUUCCCUGUGGGGACGACUCCGGAUCAAGUACCUGCCAGGCUGGCUGGAUUCCAAGCACUUCGUAAAGAGCGUGGGGAGUUCGUCAAUGUCCAGUCCGUUGCGCAGGCAGACCCGGAGAAUCGCGGCAAGUUUACGAAAAACGCGGACUUCCGGGCUUAUUUGUGGGACUAUGACACGAUUAAGACAAGCCAGGAAUACUUCGACAAUCAUUUCGGAGCGGGUCAAGUCGAGUAG